UGAGGAUGCAAAUAUAUAUUGAAAAAGAGGCACCAAAAUCUCUCUCGCUUAAUGAUACGGAGUCUAGCGAAUUUGAUUCAUCUAAUCAGUCGCGAGUGCAAAAAUUUCCUUGCCAAUUGAGAAAAAAUAACCUGUGAACUUUUGAAUUUAGUGCGGGGCUUUAGUUUGUGCAUCAGGAUUUCAUUGUGCAUCUUAUUUGCACUGUGAAAGAUUCGUCCGAGUUUCGAUUGGAGAAUUGGAAAUGUCAAAGUCAGUGUGCGAAGAAAAUGAUGGCGAAGUAGUUACACUUUUUGCUGGUGUGGAGAAGUGAAAAAGGAAUGAUCUUUUGUGCAAAAGAGCCGUAAAGUGGCCGGGGCAAGUUGGAGCUACGGAGUACCGAAACAAAAGUAGGAUCAAAAAAUACCCGCAAGUGACGGAAAAAUUCCAUUUCAUGAAGAAAGGAAUUCAAGUAUCUUGUAAAUAAUCUAUGGAUUAUGUUUAUCUUGUACAUUGUCAGUGUAUAGAAUAACUAGGUGAUAAAAUGUGUAAACAGUAGAAAUUCAGUGUUCAGUGACGUAAUUGUAGCAAUCGCAGGUUAAACGUUAACUCGGACGAGAUUUUACAUCAAAAAGUGAAUACUGAGCAAACCAAAAUCUAUACGGACAUACGAACAGUUAGGCUUUGUAGGUUCUCAUCUUGAGAAAUGACAAUGACAAUGGCACUGUACGAGAUGGCGCUGGGCCUGUGGCCUUCGACUGGCAUGGUCCAUUCUCAUUGAUUCGGAAGUCUUCUUGGCUGGUUGGUAGAUAUGUGCUCCUACUUGUAAGUUGAUCAAUUCGCUUGGGUGGGGGACAUGUGGAUCCUACUAGUUGUCGACUCUUUUGAUCGUGAGUAUGAGGCUAGUUCAGGAAAGGAGUGCAGGACUGGCACCUAAGAGAUAGAAAUCGUAACGCCACUGUUAAAGUAUCGGAAGAAUACUAUAAAAUAUCCACAACUUAUACCAAAAACAUGGAUGCCAAAGCAGCUACUACAGCACCUACAUCGUAUCCCGCGACACCACCAUACGCGAAAGGCGCACGGUCAUCGCAUCAGUAUUUUAGUCUAAGAUGGAACAACUAUCAGUCGAACAUGACAUCAGUUUUUCACGAACUUUUGGAGACACAGUCCUUCGUUGAUGUCACGUUAGCGUGCGAAUUUAAUUCGUUGAAAGCUCACAAGGUGGUGCUUUCAGCUUGCUCAGCAUAUUUUCAAAAAAUAUUGCUAGACAAUCCAUGUAAACAUCCAACGAUUAUUCUACCAGCAGACAUAUGCUUUUCAGAUCUACAAUUUAUCAUCGAAUUUGUGUAUCGUGGAGAGAUUGAUGUUUCAGAGGCAGAAUUACAGAGCCUUUUGCGAACUGCAGAGCAGUUAAAGAUUAAAGGAUUGUGCGAAGUAAGCGAACCACAGUACGAACAGGAUUUCUCGCCAUCAAUCAAACGUUACAAACCGUACCGUUCGCGAUCCCCAGACAAUCGUCACCCACCUCCUCCAGGAUCGCUGUCGUCAACAAACACACGAAACAACAAUACUUCCUCCUCGCAAAGCAACAAUAACCAAAGCGGACAGGAUUCCAAAAGUGGCCAUAAGUCAUCAUCAGGCAGAAGCCAUAGCAGUAAUUCAGAAUCGGCCCCGGCAGAUAAUGGAUCAUCGCCUGUAGUCGUGCUAGAAUCACGUGAUUUAACCGCGACGCCCAGCAAAGAAGGAAAAGGCAAAAUGACUAGCCUCGGAAUGGGAGUUGGCAUAAACGGAUCCGUUAUGGGCGUCUCGAUGGGAUACCUGGAUUUUGCCCCGGAACCUCCAGCGCCAACAGCGACACCGGUGACAGAACAUGUUGAUAUCAAUUGUGCUCCUAGCCACGACACACGUGAUCUGUCCAGUAAGUAUUCAAUCUCAAACAAUGGCGAUAUUCGGGUCAAGUUCGAAACGCUUCGGUCACUUGAUCCACAGGAUGCGAUACAGUUGGACAACCAAGUUGCCCACCAGAUGCAUUCGCAAACCCAGCAGCAGUUACAACACCAGCAAAUGUUGCACCAACAGCAGCAACAGCAUUUAUUACAACAGCAACAUCAACAACAGCAACAGCAGCAGCACCAGCAUCAACAACAACAACAGCAACACCGACAGACGCCUCAACCCCAACAAGUCGAUCAGCGAAUGUCACCUCAUCAACCAUCGCCCCAGCAACCACCUCAACAUCAGCAACACGUUUUACUAAUCGAUCAGCAGUCGCAACACUCACACCUCUCCACCCAUAGUCCAGCGUCAAACGCUUCGAGUUCAUCUAGCCAACAUCAUCCGGAAAAUCUGGUCACUGUCGCAUCUACAACAGACAACGGUACACAAAUGGAGAUGAAAACGCGAAUCACCCUAAAACAAGAGAUUAUGACUGAAGCAGAACACCAGCAACAUCAGCAGCACCAGCAACAGAUGGAAGUGGAACAGGACCAAUCGUCAAUGCAUGGAAUGGUCGUGACACCAGAGAUCUCAGGAAUGAUGAACCAGAGUCAGAUGAGUGACAUAUAUCAAUCAGAUGCCAGCGAAGAUUCAAAAGUUGGUAUUCUGGAUGGCUCGGCGAUGCAGUACACCAAUCUGACCAGUCCGAAUGCUAGUGAUCCUAAGACACCAAGCGGUCCUAAAACGUGGACGGCAGAGGAUAUGGAAUCAGCGUUGGAUGCGCUGCGCACCCAUAAUAUGAGUUUAACAAAGUCUAAAAAAACUAAAUUAAAGGCUUCCGCUACAUAUGGCAUACCUUCGACGACACUAUGGCAGAGAGCGCAUCGGCUUGGUAUCGAUACACCGAAGAAGGAAGGACCAUCCAAAACGUGGAACGAAGACUCGUUAAACAGUGCCCUGGAAGCAUUGCGAACCGGAACGAUAUCAGCCAAUAAGGCAUCGAAGGCAUUUGGUAUUCCCUCUUCUACUCUAUACAAGAUUGCCAGACGCGAGGGUAUCCGGCUGGCAGCACCGUUCAACGCAGCACCCACUACUUGGUCUGCCGAAGAUCUAGACCGUGCCUUGGAAGCGAUCCGUGCUGGUCAGACGUCCGUGCAGAAGGCUAGCACGGAGUUUGGUAUUCCCACCGGUACGCUUUAUGGACGUUGCAAGCGAGAAGGAAUCGAAUUAUCCCGAUCCAACCCGACGCCCUGGUCCGAAGAUGCAAUGAUGGAAGCCUUAGAAUCUGUAAAGCAAGGACACAUGUCGAUAAACCAAGCUGCCAUCCAUUACAAUCUGCCUUACAGUUCACUGUACGGACGGUUUAAGCGUGGCAAGUACGAUACACCAAACAGCGCCAAUUCACAUUCGAAUCAUGGUGGAGGAGGCGCGGGCGGAGGUGGUAACGUCGGCGGCAUCGGCGGAAUAGGAGGCAAUGUGGUGACAACUGCGGCAACGAUGGCCGGCGUUACCAGCAGUCCGCAGAUGGAGUUUAAAAUAGAACCUCAACAUAAUGAACAUAGUCCAGAGAAUACGCAACAUUAUAAUCCUGCGCUAACAACAUCACUAACAACGUCGUCCGCGCCGCCAUCGACGCAAACCCACCACGUCGUACCGUCACCAUCGCCAGUCAACAUCCACAUCAUUAACGCCAAUCAUCACCAUCAUCAGCUACAGCCGACUCCGCCGCCGCAUCAAACUAUAGCGACGACGCAUCACACGCUGCAGGGAGCGCAACCGCAAUUGAUCCAGCAUCACAUCAUUCCGCAGCAACACCACAUCAUCUACCAGCAACCGCUGCAACAGCUCCAACAACAACCGCAGUACCAUCCGAUGUAUCACAUCAUCAAGCAAGAGAACGAUAGGAGUUGAAACUAUCGAUAUGCAGCAUCAUCGCCACCGUCAGCGUCUCCUUCGUCAUCGUCGUCGCCAUUGGCAACAUACUCAUCAGUUAGUGGCGGCGAACAGAAGCAUUUGCAGCAUCUGCACCACAUGCAUCACUACCAUCAGCUGCAACGUCAUCAUCCUCAGCCACCACCACCACCACCACCUGUUCCUCCUUCCAUCCCUCGUUACUAUGAUCGCAGUGAUUCGUUCGCUGAACGACUUUUGUUACCUUCCACCGCUGUGCCUGAUCAUCAUAGUAGUCAGGCACAAAACAGUGUAAAUGACAGAACCUUUUACUACGAAUAUCAUGGUGUGUAUACUGGUGAUCAUUGUAACCGUGGCGCUAGAAAACGAAGGAGGCACAGUCGAACGGCAGGUGAUGAUGUUGUUGAUGAUGAUGAUGAUGACGGUCAUGGUAGCGCUGAUCCAGUAGUAGUACGUGAUGCAGAGCGAUAUGUCAAAUUUCGUUACGUCGAUCAAGAUGGUUAUUAUAAUAAUAAUAAUAAUAAUAAUAAUAGUAACGACGAUAGUAACAAUAAUAGUAGCAGUAGUAGCAUUCGAAAUGGCAAAGUAAAAACAGAAAACGUAUAAAAAGGAAAAAACAUGACUCUUCCAUUGUAAUGAAAUAUUGUAUUCGAUUGUACACAAGUAGAAGGCAGAAGUUGUUAUCAAUUAUGAGAUAAAAAGGAUAUUAUUUUAGAUAAGCGAAGAGAAGCAGUAUGAUUGUCUGGCUCUCAGGAUUUAAUUUUUUAUGUUUUCCCCAUAAUUUGCAUUUUUUUAUAUUUAUAUUUUUUCGAUAGAGAGGAGCUUAAAAUAUUCUUCCAAGAGAUGCAAACUGUCUAAAAGUGUGAAACUGACAACUGAUAUUGUUAUAUUAUUACUUACUAGUUCGUAGUGGAAAACACUAUAUUGAAAAUGAACGAUAAUCACUCAUUAUUUUUAAUGACGACUUUGUUUGCACUCUAUACACACAUAAUUCCCUUUCUUGCUAUGAAUAAAAUUGCAUCAUAGAAGCAACAAAAUCCGCUUUGGCACAACCGUUUCCGCAUACGCUGUCAUACAAAUACAAAUCACAGAAGAUCUGUUAGUAAACAAAUGUUUGUUUGAGCUUAUAAUUUGUUGAUCAAUGAUGCAUCCAAGUUGAGACAGUAACAACAGUACAUAUUUUAAAUAGACAACCGCAGUUUUUCUUUUUAUGAAAAAGUAAGGUUUGAUUAUUCUUAUUUUUUAUCAUCGUUACUUUUUAGCGUUUUAUAAUUUAUAUAAAUAAUAUGAGUGUCUUUUUUCGUUCAUAGAAUCAAAGGAAAACUAGCGAUAAAUAAUAUAAUUCAGAUAGAAGCAGUGUGUGCGCACCCAUAUCAAAACAAAAUAAAGAAUGAAGCUAUAAGUAACUAGAUUUAUGUUUUUUUUUGUAAUGUUUUCUUCAACACAGUUAAUGCAAAGCUUUUUCGCAUAACCUCCAUCUAAACAAUGUUUGGUUUGGGAAACGUGGACCGUCCGUUUCCCUCGGAAAGCACACAAAGAUCAAAAGUUAUACUAUAAUUUUGUUUUACAAGAAACUUUGUUUAUUUUACUGUAAAUAUGUCGUCGCUGUUGUGCUAUCUUAUCCAAAAAUUCCCUUUUGGGGUAACUGAGUUAUAUAUGUCACGUUACUUGUCUUAAAAAUCUCUACAAAGUGGCGUUAUUGGAAUUUUGAAAUUCUGUUGGGUUACCGAGAUGUAGCGAAAAACGUGAUGAGAAAUUGUGGAGUUUAGACGUUUUUCGGUAUAAAAAUAUUAGAGAAACACAACACACUAAAAAUUUCCAAAAUAAAAAAUACAUAUGGGCAUUGUGAGAAAAAUGCAGUUUUUGUUUUAGGCUGGAAAUUAUGAAAAUUUGGCAACACAAACCAAAAAUUACCAUUUUUCUACACUAUGCUAUAUUUCUUCCAGUGGAGAAAAAAUUAAUUAAGAACUAUUUUUUCUCCACUGAGGAGAAAAUUGAUUUAAACCGUGUUUGCGCGUUAAGAGGACAAAACCUAUAACUAAAUUAAUUAAGGAAUUUGCCUUUCAACUUAGUUUCAUCAGAAUUCGACACUAACUUAAUGAGCUAGCUUCGUCCUGUUACUAAGAUAGUAUCAGAUUCUGAUGAGAAGAAGUCAAAACCCAAAUUCUAAUAUUUUUUUAGAUUUCUUGACAAUUUUUUUUAUCAAAGUGCAUCUCACCCAUUUGUUUCUAAAUAAAAUAAAAUCGCAGAGUUAAUUUUUAAUGCUUUAUUUGUUAAUAAUUGAUACUUCAUUUGUAUAGACAAUUUUCCAUGCAUAGUAUAGUGGUAGAAAAAGUUUUUCGUGCGAUAAUGCGCCAACCGGGUUUUGAAAAUAGAAGCAAAAACAAGAAAUUUAUUUCGAUUAGAUUUACCAAAAAAAAUUUAUUUGUUUAUUGCCUUGAGUUUUAUUUAAACUUUUUUUUGUGCUAGCUUAGGUUGUAAUAAUCAACACUGCACAGUUUUGACACGUCAUACUUAUGGUACGUGUGAACGUGACUUUUUUACAUUUUUAGCAAAAACUCUCAAUAUAGUCAACCGAUCUGCGCAAUAGAUCAGAACAGAUAGAUAGGCAUCAAUUGGCUUAACUGAAUUGUUGUUGAAAUCUAUGAAUAGUACACGGCUCACAGAAGCCGUGGAAUAGUAGACAUUCAAAAAUUUCGAGAUAUUCAAUCUCAAACUUUUAAAAUCGUUUUUCUUGAAAUGUUCUAAAUGGCGCUUGUCAUAAGGUAGCACAACAGUGACGAUGUGCUUUUGAGAGAUAAAAAAAGAGAUAGAAAUUAGUGAUUAAAUCAGGUAGUCAGAAGCAGUUCUGAUCUUGACGUGGAAUGAUAAAAACACUUUUCUUUGCUCGUCCCUGCUUCAUAGCUUCCUUGGAUGUAGAUUUCAGUUGUGGCGCCGUAAGAGGAUUCACACAAAGAAAAGACGACAAUCGCUAAAAGCGUUUGAAUCAUGGCACAUCAGGGUUAGGGCUGUCGAAUGCAAGCAUGAUGCAAGCUGAUAUGAGACUGCGAUGGUGAAGGAACAAAAGAUUCAUACACACUUAUACCCCACUAUUAAAGGUGUAAUCGUCGAUUAUUUCAAAGCGGCGAAAACCAUCCCAAAAAACAGGAACUGGGAUUUUAAUUUGCAGGGCGACUGAGUCAGAGUGCAAUGGUCGAUUUGUUGAAAUCAAAGAUAAAUAUAAAAUAAACUUGAAAAUUGCAGUGCAUAGAAAAAUGUGAACACUUUAAGGUUCAAGUUACCUUUUUUAAGCAUGUGUUAGAAUUGAACGCUUGGUAGUGUGCGUAGGAAAAUUUGUGCUCAGCUUUGCCACCGGAUUAUCCAUUUAAACCUUUUUAAAACUCUAAAAGAAGAAUAUCAGUCGAUUUAUUAGAUCAUCACGAUUCAAUUCAUGCAAAAUACCUGCUGGAAAAACCAUCGGCUUAGCUAAAUGGUGCUUUUGAAAAAGUGGCUGUGGUUUUUUCAUUGCGCAGUUGUGUUGCGUACCCCAGCUCGGUGUGGUAGUGUGAUAAAAAAUCACAGCCACUUUUUCAAAAGCACCAUUUAGCUAAGCCGAUGGUUUUUCCAGCAGGUAUUUUGCAUAAAUUGAAUCGUGAUGAUCUAAUAAAUCGACUGAUAUUCUUCUUUUAGAGUUUUAAAAAGGUUUAAAUGAAUAAUCUGGUGGCAAAGCUGAACACAAUUUUUCUUACGCAUACUACCAAGCCUUGAGGUAACUUGAGCCUUAAUUAGAUUUUAUCAUAGAAAGAUGAAAGUAUGAAAUAAAUAAACUGCGAGUAAAACUAGCGAUUUAUGAGAUUGAACGAUUAGAAAUCAUUGAAUCCUUAGAGCGUAGAUAGAAAACCUUUUUCUCCAACACAAAGCAUACACACUUUUCCUUGGUGAUAGGCAUUUCAUCAUCGAGAUCCAUUCGAGCUCGCUAGGUUGAAAUUGAAAAUAUACCAGAACUGAACUACCCUCUUGUUUAGCAUGAGUAAGGGAACCUUUACUCAAAUUUCUUUUAUGUGUAUUUUUAUUUCCAACCGCCAAGUGGAGGAAGCAAAAACAAAUCAUAGGUACAUUUAGUUGUUAGUUGAAUACCGAAUGGAAUAACACACAGACACAAAUGAUUAAUUUUAUGUAAUUCGGUGUAUCUAAGAUGCGUCCUGAGCAGUCGGUUAAAACGCAGGCAAGAGAAAAACUAAGUGAAUACAAGUAUGUUGACUGUCGGAAUAAUUCCGUCAAAAAUACAUCUUUUGUGUUUUAUUUCGUAAUUUUGCAGUCCUUUUUGUUCUGUUCGAAGCCCUUCCGUCUCCUUCCUCCAUACGAACUUGGGUAUACAGGCGGUGUUGAUAAUCAUGCUGAAUGCAUUAAAAUCUUUCUAUCUAUCCAAAAUUAAAACCCCAGUAAACCUUUACUUAUGCGCAGGAUAUGACACCAUAGCCCUUUCAAAGUAGCCUCAUAGCAAGCCCAGGUUAAUCAAAAAUCUUUGUGGUUUAGCGAGUGGAUAACUUUAACAGAGACUCGGUAAUAUGAAUCAAAAGAAAUUACAGCAAAAUCAGUUAUAGCGGAAUAGCGUCAUAUUUAGGCGACAAAAUUAGUGAAACAAAUAAACAAUAACAAAAAAGUAAAUAACUUAAAGGGGAAAUCUAUUCAAAGCAGUAUGCAGUACAGUAGAAACAGAACUCGUGUAAAUUUUAAUAAGAAAAUCGUGAAAACAGCAGUGGUAAUAAAAACAGAGGAGCAGUAACAUACAACUGAUAUGUGUACAAAAUUAAACAAGAAAAAUAUAUACAUGCAUACAUUAUAUUAUAUACAUAUUAUAUGUGAAAAUGAAAACAAGCAGGAUAUUUUAAUUGAAA